AUGGGAAUCCUCCUUGUUUUCACCCUGUGUGUCUGUAUACCCCGCUCUUUCAGUCAGUCAGUGACACAGACCCCAGCAGCGGUGACCAGGAAGGAGUGUCAGUCUCUCACCAUCACCUGUGUUUACUAUGGUUAUUAUUAUUUACAAAAUGGACAUUUCUUCAAACAAACCCAGACCGGGACAGAGUGGGAGCGGAUCUCCAGCGGGGAGAGAUUUGUUGUGUCGGUGAAUAAAGCAGGAAAGACAUUUUCACUGGAAAUUCGGGACGUGAGAGUUGAAGACACCGCCACCUAUUACUGUAAAGCUCAGUACAGGUACAACAUUGCAGUGUUACUGUGGUGGAAAUAUGAUUCUGUGGAUGGAUCCGGUACGAUGUUGACUGUCAUAGCCGAUUCCAGUUCCAUUGUAUCCCAGAAUCCUCCUGUCCAAACCUCUGCUGUGGGUGACACCGUUACUUUAAGCUGUGAGUAUUCAGGUGUCUGUCAGUACACCGUACACUGGUACCGUCAGUCCCCAGGACAGGCUCCGGAAUACUUGCUUCAGAGACAUGCUUCAGGAGAAGAGGAUAAAGAAAACGCUGUUGGGGGGAGAAGUUCUGCUUCUAUCGAUCCUGCCGAGAAAAUCAGCCGGUUAAAUAUCUCCAAACUACAACUGAGCGAUUCCGCUGGGUAUUACUGUGCACUGAGUCAGCGCACAGCACAGUGA